AUGAUGAAAGUAAGUGGGAAAGAUGGAUUGAUUUGCGGGUUAUUGGUUGAUGAACUAACGAUUUUGGCAGCACCAGUUCGAUGGAUUCGCAGGAAUAACAUAAAAUGUCAAGAGGACCCAUUGGAGACCUUUUUUUCAAAUUAUGAACGUGUCGAUACUAUCGACAAACUGACUAGUUCCGGCAAGAUAUUUAUAGAUCCACAUGUGCCCUUUUUGUAUGGAAUUCAUCCAUCAGAGAAAGUAUCAAAAAUGCCUCCCUAUCAAACAGGAAAGAUCAUCAUACAAGACAGAGCUUCUUGCUUUCCGGCAACGAUUCUUAACCCCAAGCCUGGUGAUAUUCUUGUGGAUGCUUGUUCUGCUCCAGGAAAUAAGACUACUCAUUUGGCCUCAUUCGUUCAAAAUACGAAAAACUCCAUAACUGCAUUCGAAAGAGACCCGAAACGAGCCGAAAUCUUGAAGAAAAUGGUCGCCAUGGCCGGAGCUGGCAGCUGUGUCAAAAUCAAAGUAGGCGAUUUUACAGAAUGCGACCCUUCUAGUUCAGAACUCAAGGAUGUUACAGGACUAGUUGUAGAUCCAUCAUGUUCAGGGUCAGGCAUUUUUGGCCGAGGUUUUGAAGAAGAGAAUAAUAAAGAGAAAGAUGAGCAGGCUGAUAAGUUUCGACUACACAAACUAUCAAAUUUUCAGUUUAAGAUUGUGUCACAUGCUAUGAGCUUUCCCUCUGCCAAGACAGUGGUGUAUUCAACCUGCUCUAUACACGCAGAAGAAAAUGAGCAGGUGGUUAGAAAACUCCUGGAAGACCCUGAUAUUAGAGCUCGAGGUUGGACUUUGAGACGUAAACAUGGCGUGUUACCCAAUUGGCAUCGCAGAGGCUGGCCAGCUGAAUUUGAAGGCAUGGAUUCUGCUGAGGAACUGGCAGAAGGAUGCGUUCGUGCUCUUCCCAAAGAAGACGGCGGCAUUGGUUUUUUUGCAGCCUGUUUUGAUCGUGUCACAACUGACGGCCAUAGUAUUGGUGACCCAGUUGAAAUAAAUGGCCCGUCUACUCAGGGAGAAGAAGACGACGAGGAGUGGACCGGAUUUGAUUAA